AUGCCCGACAGCUUCUUAAUGAGACUGCAACCAGGAGAGUUUGUAGGACACUUAAUAACCAUGACACCUUUACAUUCAAAACAUUGCUUGAUGAAUCAUUGUAUUAACCUGCUGAAAUACAAAUUUUCUUCCAUACGGACAGUUGGAAAAGUGGAACAAGUCUCUUCUUUAACACUUCUAAGGAGAAAAGCAAAACAAAAAAAAAACUUGCUUUUCUUUCUGAAGAUCGUGCCAAUAGCAUUUUCUUUAUUUUCUAACUUGACUUCAUUAACUUGUGCCAAAAUUUCCAAUCUUUUCUCUCUCUCUCUCUCUCUCUCUCUCUCUCUCUCUCUCUCUCUCUCUCUCUUCUUCUCUUGGCACUUUCUUCUAUCUUUUUCAAACUUUUCUUAUUUCUUUCUUCUAUCUUCGGCUUUGAUUUUUUGUCAUUCAGUUCUUUCCCCUCUUUUUCAUGUUCUUGUUGUCUGCAUUAUAACUGUUACACCUUUUUUUCUCUCGCCUCCUCCCUUUUUAUCUUGUUCAUUCCUCCUCACUUCAUCGCCUUUACGCCUCCUCCUUUCAUCCACUUCAUUCCUUUUCCCUUCACCUUCUUCACCCCACAUCCCUUCAUCUCCUUUAUUUCUCACUCUUUCAUCCACUUCAUUCCUUUUCCCUUCAUCUUCUUCCCUCCUCCUCUUUUCACCUCUUUUACUCCUCCUCCAAUUAUCUAUUUCACUAUUUAUUCUACCCCCUCCUGCUGCUGCUGCAGCAGCAGCAGCUGCUACUGAUAUUUAUUCUGUUUCUUUUUCUUCUUUUCAUCCUCCUCCUAUGUACGUAUGCGUUCACGUCUCUCUUUUAUUCUGUUCCAAAUAA